AUGCCGAAAAUUGACAGUCCGUCACUUGAGAAUGGAGAUGAGAAUGAUGAAAAAACAAAUAAUUUCGAUAAGGGCACGAAGAAAACUCGUUUUAAACAUAAAUUUAGAAUUCUUAUUUCGCCUGUAGCAACUUCAACUAAUUCGUUUCAUGUGGAGCACAGUUUAACUACAGAAUGUACUAUUCCUGACCCAGUCGCCGCCGAAACAACUACCGUGAGACCUAGCACACUCUCUAGUCAAAUCGACAUAAUUGAAGAACAUGAGUCUUCACCACAUAUACAUUCUAGCAGAGUUCCGUCGAGAAAAAGUUGUGAAUUCGACACUCGAGCAGCUGCAAUACGAAUGGCGUUAUUCUCGGCGGGACUUCUGUUAACGAAUUUAUUAGUGGCAGUAGGAACAUUAUGGGAUGUGAGCCGUAACAAAGCCUUACAAACUGGGAUUUCUUUGAACGACAUCGUAGGUAGCCUAACAGGUGUGACCAUGUAUCUUGUGUUUGGAAAAUUCAGAUUAUCGAAAAAAAAGCUUUCGGGAGAAUGGUAG